UGGAGGAACCCUUUACCACCUAUUGAUCUGGCAGACAUUGAAGCUGUGACGGAAGCCGUUUGACAGGAAAUGCACACUCUGCUGAGCCCUGUUGGUGGAGUGGCAUUCCACCUAGGAGAAGCCAAGGGUUCGCAGCAUCGCCGCAGCCUCCUGUUAACAAGACGGUGCACAGAAGUUGGUCUAAGAUCAUGAGAUGCUGUUUCAUUCUCAUAUCUGGGUUAAGCACAUGGAAAUUUGCUUGGCAAUUCUUUUUACGGCACUGUUUCCAUUAGUUACUCACACAAGCUGGGGUUUAUCUGAUUGUGUGGGAGAUGGAAACUUCAGAAUAAAGUCAAUGGCCUAAGGCUGAGUGAAGUUUACCCUGGCUGUGGUUAUGAAGAGGUCCCAGAAAUCCUGGAUUGAAGGUGUGUUCGACAAGAGAGAAUGUAACAAAAUCAUACCCAGCUCCAAAGACCCUCACAGAUGUACUGCAGGAUGCCAGGUCUGCCAGAAUUUAAUCAGGUGUUACUGUGGGCGAUUGAUUGGAGACCAUCAUGGGAUAGAUUAUACCCAGACCACCUCGGCGGCCAGUGGUGAUGAAAAUGAACAGUGGUCUGUUGAAAAGCACACAACCAGAAGCCCUACAGAUACCUUUGGCACUAUUAAUUUCCAAGAUGGGGAGCACAUCCACCAUGCCAAGUAUAUUCGAACUUCUUAUGAUACAAAGAUGGAUCACCUGUUACAUUUGAUGUUGAAAGAGUGGAAGAUGGAAUUGCCGAAGCUGGUGAUCUCUGUCCACGGGGGCAUCCAGAACUUCAAGAUGCCCUCCAAACUUAAAGAGAUCUUCAGCCAGGGUUUGGUCAAAGCUGCAGAGACAACGGGGGCGUGGAUAAUAACGGAAGGCAUUAAUACUGGAGUGUCCAAACAUGUUGGGGAUGCCCUGAAAGCCCAUCUCUCUCAGUGCUUGAGAAAAAUCUGGACGGUUGGAAUCCCUCCUUGGGGUGUCAUUGAGAACCAGAGAGAUCUUAUUGGAAAAGAUGUGGUGUGCCUGUACCAGACUCUGGGAAACCCCCUCAGCAAGCUCACUACACUCAACAGCAUGCAUUCCCACUUCAUCCUGUCCGACGACGGGACUGUGGGCAAGUAUGGAAAUGAGAUGAAGCUCAGGAGGAACCUGGAAAAGUACCUCUCGCUGCAGAAAAUACACAGCAGCUCAAGACAAGGCGUGCCCGUGGUGGGGCUGGUGGCCGAAGGAGGUCCCAAUGUCAUCCUCUGGGUGUGGGAGACUGUGAAAGACAAGCACCCAGUGGUGGUGUGCGAGGGGACCGGCAGGGCUGCCGACCUCCUGGCCUUCACCCACAAACACUUAGCAGACGAAAGGACCCUUCGUCCUCAGGUGAAGGAGGAGAUCAUCUGCAUGAUUCAGAACACUUUCAACUUCAGUCUCAAACAGUCCAAGCACCUUUUCCAAAUUCUGAUGGAGUGCAUGGUGUACAGGGAUUCUAUUAUCAUAUUUGAGGCUGAUUCUGAGGAGUUGCAAGACCUUGAUCUAGCAAUUCUAACAGCGCUGCUAAAAGGCACAAAUUUAUCAGCAUCUGAACAAUUAAAUCUGGCAAUGGCUUGGGACAGAACGGACAUUGCCAAGAAACAUAUCCUAAUAUAUGGACAACAUUGGAAGCCUGGCUCACUGGAACAAGCAAUGUUGGAUGCUUUAGUGAUGGAUAGAGUGGAUUUUGUGAAGCUCUUAAUAGAAUACGGAGUGAACCUCCACCGCUUUCUUACCAUCCCUCGGCUGGAAGAGCUCUAUAACACAAAACAAGGACCUACUAAUAUGUUCCUGCAUCAUCUGGUCCGAGAUGUGAAACAGCAUACCCUUCUUUCAGGCUACAGAAUAACACUAAUUGACAUUGGAUUGGUAAUCGAGUACCUCAUUGGUGGAGCAUAUCGCAGCAGCUACACUAGAAAAAAAUUUAGAACCUUCUACAAUCUCUACAGAAAACACAAGAGAGUGACCAGCCUUGCUCAAAGCCUUUCUCAGCCCCCUCCUUCCCAACGAUGCUCCUCAGGAAGUGGAAAAGAAUCUGCAGAAAACACACUGCACUCCCAGUUCAUUAGGACUGCCCAGCCUUACAAAGUCAAGGAAAAGUCUGUCGUCCUUCAAAAAGCAAGGAAGAAGUCCAAAGAACAAAAUACAUCCAAGGACCCUGAGUCUACUGGCUUUAUUUACCCUUACAAUGACCUGCUGGUUUGGGCUGUGCUCAUGAAAAGGCAGAAGAUGGCCAUGUUCUUUUGGCAGCACGGAGAGGAGGCCACCGUCAAGGCGGUGAUUGCCUGUAUACUCUACCGAGCCAUGGCCCGCGAAGCUAAGGAGAGCACCAUGGUGGAUGAUGCCUCGGAAGAGAUGAAGAAUUACUCAAAGCAGUUUGGCCAGCUGGCCCUGGACGUGCUGGAGAAGGCAUUCAAGCAGAACGAGAGGAUGGCCAUGAAGCUGCUGACCUACGAGCUCAGGAACUGGAGCAAUUCCACCUGUUUGAAACUGGCUGUGUCAGGAGGACUGCGGCCCUUUGUUUCACAUUCUUGUACCCAGAUGCUACUCACGGACAUGUGGAUGGGGAGCCUGAAAAUGAGGAAAAUCUCUUGGUUAAAGAUCAUCAUAAGUAUUCUUUUACCGCCCGCCAUUCUGACGUUGGAAUUUAAAAGCAAAGCGGAGAUGUCCCACGUUCCCCAGUCCCAGGACUUCCAGUUUACGAGGCACAAUGGUGACCAGAGUCCCAGCAGCACCAAAGGAAGUGCUUCUGCGAAAGACCGUGAUAUGGAGAGGGGCCCCGAGGAGAAGCUAGAUGACAGCCAGCACUUUGUCUUGAGGAGUGGUCCUCAAAUCCUUCCGCUGACCAGGAAGGUCUAUGAGUUCUACGGUGCUCCAAUUGUCAAGUUCUGGUUUUACACGAUGGUGUAUCUGGCAUUCCUCAUGCUGUUCACUUUCACUGUGCUGGUGGAGAUGCCGCCUCAGCCCAGCGUGCAGGAGUGGCUUGUCAUCAUUUACAUCUUCACCAACGCCAUUGAGAAAGUCCGGGAGGUCUGUAGUUCAGAACCUGAAAAGUUUACUCGAAAGGUCAGGGUAUGGAUUAGUGAGUACUGGAAUUUAAUGGAAACUGUGGCGACUGGCCUGUUUGUGGUUGGCUUUGGCCUGCGGUGGGGGGACCCCCCUCUGCACACGGCGGGAAGACUCCUAUACUGCAUCGACAUCAUAUUCUGGUUCUCACGCCUCCUGGACUUCUUUGCCGUGAACCAGCAUGCAGGUCCGUAUGUGACCAUGAUUGCGAAAAUGACGGCAAACAUGUUCUACAUUGUGAUCAUAAUGGCCAUAGUCCUGCUGAGCUUCGGAGUGGCGCGCAAGGCCAUCCUUUCGCCAAAGGAGCCUCCGUCGUGGAGCCUCGCGCGGGACAUCGUGUUCGAGCCGUACUGGAUGAUGUACGGAGAGGUCUACGCUUCCGAAAUAGACGUUUGUUCCAGCCAGUCGGCCUGCCCUCCCGGCGCCUUUCUCACCCCGUUUCUGCAGGCCGUCUACCUCUUCGUGCAGUACAUCAUCAUGGUGAACCUGCUCAUCGCUUUCUUCAAUAAUGUCUAUGUAGAUAUGAAAUCCAUUUCCAAUAAACUGUGGAAAUACAAUCGCUAUCGCUACAUCAUGACGUACCACGAGAAGCCAUGGCUGCCCCCACCUUUCAUCCUGCUGAGCCACGCUGGUCUCUUCCUUCGCUGUCUUUGCCAUCACCAAGCUCCAAGUGACCAAGAAGAGGGUGAUGUCGGGUUAAAACUCUACCUGAGUAAGGAGGAGCUGAAAAAACUUCACGAUUUCGAAGAACAGUGUGUGGAAAAAUACUUCCAUGAGAAGACGGAGGGUCUGAAUUGUAGCUGUGAGGAACGAAUCCGAGUGACGUCAGAAAGGGUUACGGAGAUGUACUUCCAACUGAAGGAAAUGAGUGAAAAGGUAUCUUUUAUAAAGGACUCCUUACUGUCUUUGGACAGCCAGGUGGGCCACCUGCAGGACCUCUCUGCCCUGACAGUGGAUACCCUAAACGUCCUUUCUGCUGUUGACACCUUACAAGAGGAUGGGGCUCUCCUGGCCAACAGAAAGCUUUCUACUUGCAGAAAACCUCCCCACAGCUGGAGCAAUGUCAUCUGUGCAGAGGUUCUAGGCAGCAUGGAGAUGUCUGGGCAGAAGAAAUACCAGUAUUACAGCAUGCCUCCUUCUUUGCUGAGGAGCCUGGCCAGAGGCCGGCAUCCCCCAAGAGCGCAGAGGGGACCCCUUGUUGAGAUUACAGACAGUCAGAGAGAGACUUCAAAUGCAAGAAAUGACCAAGAAGAGCAACAAGCCGAAAAUACUAUAGUUACUUCUUGCCUUGAUAGGCAAGCACACUCAAAGUAUGACCAAUUUCUUCUGGUCCCUUCUUAUCUCAAGCAAGUUCCUUUUUCUGCAGAAACUGACUUGCCUCUGUCCAGAUCAUCUGUGGAAGCAGGUACAGGUGUGCUGGCACCUGACCAAGUCACCCAGAAUGAAGUCCCUGUUCAUCUGACUUGGCAGACCCCGGAAAUUUCAGCCCAGGUCUCAGUGGCUGAACACGAGGGGCAGCGUGAGCCGGUUGCUCCAAUACUAGCCAGGCGAGACAGGGGGGAGCAGGUUCUAACCACUUUGGUUUGCACACCUGCACCCAUGAAAGCAACCUCUCUCCCUUCCCAAGCUGAGAGCAUGCAAACUGGAGGUGGAUAUGUGAACUGGGCAUUUUCAGAAGGUGAUGAACCUGGUGUGUUAAGCACCAAGAAAAAAUGGCAAACCUGCUUGGCCUCCACACAUAACAGCAACUCCAGUGAGAGUGGACAAUGCCAGAGGCAGAUCUGGGGCAGAUCCCUCGGUGAUAACUCUGCAGGAUUGGCCCAGGGCAGUGGUUGCUCAGCGGUGGGACCAAGGCUCCAGCCAAACACAUCCUUCUGGAUUAAUCCUCUGUGCAGAGACAGGCCCUCCUUUGGGAGUCAUAGUUUGAGAUUCCACAAGGAGGAGGAUUUGAAGAUCUGCAAGAUUAAAAGUCAUUCAAGAUCUUCAGAGGGAGGGCAUUCGGCAUGGAGCAAAGCAAAAAUGCUAACCAAGGACAGGAGAUCGUCAAGGAAAAAGAAGAAAACACAAGAACUGCAGGUGCCAGUCAUAACAAUUGAUGCCUGCUUUCAGAGUGACCAGUCGAAUUCAGAGCCAGGAGAAAAUAACGUCUCUGAAGAACAGUGCAACAAGAGCUGGCUGACAGUGUCCAAGUGUAGUCAGCUAAGUCUAGAACCUAACAUAUACCAGCAAAUGAAAACUAAAGAAAUCGAGCGGCAUGCUGUGCAAGUCAGUGAUUAUCUAAAGCAGUCUCAAGAGGAUCUGAGAAAAAACUCUUUGCAGAAUUCCUGGAGCACCAGCCUCGAUAGGAACUCCCUGUUGAGAAGUUCAAAUGGAGUUGGCAAAAUCUCGGCCUCCUUAAAAAGCCCUCAAGAGCCCCACCAUCAUUAUUCAGCUAUUGAAAGGAACAAUUUAAUGAGGCUUUCUCAGACCAUACCAUUUACACCCAUCCAACUGUUUGCCGGGGAAGAAGUGACCGUCUACAGGCUGGAGGAGAGUUCCCCUUUGACUCUUGAUAGAAGCAUGUCUUCUUGGUCCAAGCGCGGGAGAACUGCAAUGAUCCAGGUGCUGUCCCGAGAGGAGUUCGAUGGCGGCCUCCGCAAAGCCAUGCGCGUCAUCAGCACCUGGUCUGAGGACCACGUGCUCAAACCGGGGCAGGUUUUCAUUGUGAAGUCCUUUCUUCCUGAGGUUGUGCAGACAUGGCACAAGAUCUUCCAGGAGAGCACUGUGCUUCACCUCUGCCUCAGGGAAAUUCAACAACAAAGAGCUGCUCAAAAACUAAUCUAUACCUUCAACCAAGUGAAACCCCAAACCAUUCCCUAUGCACCAAGGUUCCUGGAAGUUUUCUUAAUCUACUGCCACUCUGCCAACCAGUGGUUCACCAUUGAGAAGUAUAUGAUGGGGGAGUUCCGGAAGUACAACAACAACAAUGGCGAUGAAAUUGCCCCCAGCAGCGCCUUGGAGGAGCUGAUGUUGGCUUUCUCUCACUGGACCUAUGAGUAUACUCGGGGAGAGCUGCUGGUUUUAGAUUUGCAAGGUGUUGGAGAAAAUUUGACAGAUCCAUCUGUUAUAAAACCUGAAGACAAACAAUCAAGAGGAAUGGAGUUCGGACCAGCCAAUUUAGGGGAGGACGCCAUUCGAAACUUCAUCGCGAAACACCGCUGCAACUCCUGCUGCCGGAAGCUCCAGCUCCCGGAUUUGAAAAGGAAUGACUAUUCCCCGGGAAGGAUAAAGUCCACCUUUGGACUUGAAAGCAAAGUAGAAGGAGGCGAGGGACCUCCAGCAAGGGCAAGGGGGGGUGAUCCUCCAGAAGACCUCACUCGGCUGUGAAAGGGGAGAAGUAAGAAGAGGACAGCCCUUGCCUUCCCUUCCGGGAACUAACUCUGUGGUGACACAGGUUGAUUGACAUAACACUGAUGACAUCAGAUCUCUGUUCGAUGGCCCUACCCUGCGGGCCUCCUUGGGGCCCGCCUCCUGAGCCUCAAGCCUCCUCUUACCCAAAGACCUCAUCUGUGUAAGAAGAAUGGGUUCUCCUAGAUGUUGACCCAUGUGCAGGCUGCUUUGUAUGUGCUCGUCAUCCUCAAGUUGCAGAGGAAGACACUGGGAGGUGUCAGCCGGGAACACUGC